AUGUUGAUCUUGAGUUUAGCAAUCUUGUAUGGUUGGAGAAAGAAUAAAAGAUACCAUAUGAAAAUACCAGAUGAUGUUAUGCAAACCAUUGACGAAGAGUAUAACAUGGAGAGUCGAGAGGGCGAUACAGAGUUAUCGUCUUUUAGCUUGACUAAGAUAUCCAAAUCUACUAAUGCUUUUGCGAAUGACAAGAAGCUCGGAGAAGGUGGAUUUGGUCAGGUUUUCAAGGGUGUGUUGGAUGAUGGACGAGAAAUAGCUGUGAAAAGGUUAUCCCGAACUUCAGGACAAGGAGAUGAAAAUAUGCUCGUCUAUGAAUACAUGCCUAACCGAAGUCUGGACUUAUUCAUAUUUGAUAAAAUAAAGAGUUCAAUACUAGAUUGGUCAGAUCGUUUUCGCAUCAUUCAUGGCAUUGCUCGAGGACUCCUCUAUCUUCACCAAGAUUCACGAUUUAAAAUUGUUCAUCGAGAUCUCAAAGCAAGCAAUAUUUUGCUUGAUGUUGACAUGAACCCAAAGAUAUCAGACUUUGGUCUAGCAAGGUUGUUUAGAGAACAUGAAAAUGAAGCGAAUACAAAUAACAUAGUUGGAACUUUGGGUUACUUGUCACCAGAGUAUGCUGUAGAUGGGACUUUCUCAGAAAAAUCAGAUGUCUACAGUUUUGGAGUUCUUGUGCUGGAAAUAGUGAGUGGGAAGAAAAACAGGGGAUUCUUUCAUGAAAAGGACAAUGAUAAUCUUCUUGCACAUGCAUGGAGACUUUUUGAAAAAGGUAUGGCUGAGGAGCUGCUUGGUGUGGAUAUCCGUGAUUCAUGUGUCCCCUCGGAAGUACUUCGGUCGAUACAUAUCGGUCUUUUAUGCGUACAACAUUAUGCAAAAGAUAGACCAAAUAUGCCAAAUGUGGUUUUGAUGUUUGAUAAAGAAGGUACAUUACCUCAACCUAGACAACCUGCAUUUUUUGUCGAAGGAAGUGUGCUUCAGACUAAUCCAAUAUCUAUCAAUGACAUCACGUUGACAACACUAGAACCACGCUAAUAUUUAAAUUUUUCCAUGUCAAAGAUGUGUACGAAAAAUAUUAUGGAAUAGAUGGACAGUAAAACAUUUUGAUAAAUAAGUAUUAUAACUUGUCGGGGUUGUAUGUUAGAACUAUGUACCAGAAACAUAAACAUGUACGUUACAGAUAAUUUACAGCGAAAUUAAGUUUAAUCAUACAUGUGAAGCAUUUUUAGUUUA